UUAUUAUGGGGGUCCGAAAGUCGAUUCAAAUCGAUUUUACUCCACAAAUAGCAAACGAUAAAAGAAACUAAUUUGCGUAUAAUAAAUAAUAAUAACAAAAUUAUAAUAAACCACGACAUAGUUGCAAUUAUGUAGUAUAAUAACGUUAAUGUUAUUCAAGGAUUUGUUAAUAAUUAAUACUGAUAUUUCAGAGAAGUUUGCAGAAAAACCUGAAGGCAAAGAGGAGAAGGCUGAAUUAGGUAAAAAACAAGCAGGCAAUCUUCCUGAUAAGCGUGCUGGACGUCAAGAACGAGGUGGAAAGUGGGUCAGGCGCAGACAAUAUUAUGCUGUCAAAAGGCAUGAGCAAUGGCUGAACAAAGAAGCAGCAAGAAGACUUCAUGAAACUGAAAAGGAACGCAUUCGUCAAGAAGAAAGAGGUAUUAUAGGAGGCACAAUUAUGCGCAUACGUGACAUAUCCCGCUGGAAAAAGUGA